AUGAAUAGUUGGUUGGGUUCAAAUUAUGCCGCCGACGAGCAGCCGUUGAGCAACCAUUAUCCCGGCUGGUCGUCGACUGCUGGUAGUCCGAGUAAUCAGCAAUCACCAGGCCGUCGAGAGCAUGCCGUACAGCCGCCGUUGUUGACUACGUCUUUGAGCGGUCCUCAGUAUCAGGGCCCUGGGGCAGGUCUGGGGCUCACACCAACGCCUUUAUCAUCUACUUCGCUUUCGAGCCCUUUUACACACGGCCAGUCGCCUUGUGUUCCGUCGCCUAUCAACGGGAGGUCGGUCUCAUCACCGUCGAUGGCGUCGAGGAAUGCAUACAAUGUACCGUACAACCCUCAAGACUGGGGGCCUCCUGGUAGGCCUUCGACCCAGGGCUAUCUUCAACCCGGAGCUAUGCAUCGGGUGACGCCGCAGAGGAGUAAUAACCCAGAAGUUCCGGUAUCUCCACCACCACCACCAUAUUCACCACCCAGCAACCAAAAUCGAGUACCGCAAGACUUUAUUGGUCCAGCCAACCCUCAAUAUACUGCAACACCUUCUCCACCUAACGCGAGAGAAGGUGAUUUUGAUAUGCCGGCUCAAUACCAACGGCGUGCGAACCGCCCACGGCCUCUAUCCAUGGUAUACCCAUCUAACGCGGAGGCUCAUCGCCAGUCUCUGCCUCCUCCCCCUCCACCACAGGGACACCCAGGGGGUAGGUCUGUCUCCCAAAACCGAUCUGAGUACCAAGGUGUGCCUUAUAAUGCUACACCAAAUCAUAGACCCAGAAUGUCUUCAUAUGACCAGGGUUAUAAUGAGCAAAUCUCUGUGACGCCGGCCCACUUAGAGACACCGUCUCGACCUCCUGCAUCUCGAAGAGCCGCAUCUGCCGGGGCAGUACCGAAUAGUGCGGGAUCAUCGAGGGCGGGAAGUCAGACGAGGAAUCGAUCACCAUCAAUGAAUAACAAUUGGGAACCUGGUAUGCCACUCCCACCACCACCUCCAGGACCUCCUCCCACCACAAGAUCCGUUAGUGUGAGUGGCUCGUCAGAAUCAUCCAUGAGAACACCUCAAGGGUCUGCUUCUGCUGGUCGGGCGAGGAGAGCACCACCAGUGUUAGGAACAGGACUUGGAAGUAUCCCGCCUACACCAGCAGACUGGAUCGACGAGGGAUAUCUGAACAGUCGACCAACGGAGCCCUUGUAUGUCGAUACAGCAAAAGCAGCUAAAGCACCAGAGCCGUCAGAAAACGAUCCUCAUAAUACAGCCAACCAACGGACACCCGGGAGUGGAGGUCUUUUCCGCAGUUCAGCAGUGCGUGACCCAAGCGCAAAGGGCAUCCGUGAAAGGCGGAUCGAACGACGAAACCGUCAAAGCCAGGUCUAUGAAGAUGUUACUAGUGCAGUAUCCACGAGUGGCAACCCGUGGGCCGAUGCUCUUGAGCAGAUCAAACCAUCAAAUCUCAUUAUCCAUGACCAAAACGCCAGCCCGGAUCAAACUCAGCAUCCGAAAUCCUCUAGACAAACCCCUCGCACUACACGCAGCAUUGGCUCGGAGGGUCAACAAACCUCACGGUCCCGAGCGGGCUCCACUGGUCUCUUCUCGGAUCAAUCGUCUUACGGUACCCCAAGACAAGAACCCAGUUCUGCUGGCGCUGGUCCCUCUGCGGCAUUUGCACACACUCCUCCCUUCUCACCAAACGGAGAGGGAUCUUCCGGAUAUCCUAAAGAGGCAAGCCAAGCGAUUCCACCCAAGGCUCUACCGACUCCUCCACUGAACUCUGGGAAGGAGGUCAGGCCGCGCUCUCGUUCUCGUGCUCCGUCACGAGGAGCAGAGGACCGCCCUCUCUCGCACAUUCUUCAUAUGCCCAACGAUGCUGUGUCAAUGAUGAAGCCUUUGUCACCGCGUCGUACUCCUGUGCAGCAAACACAGCAGGCAUCAAUGGAAGCGGUUAUCAAACAAGACCCUACUUUCUUGCAAGAUGCCAUGGAACGACACAGGGCUUUCAUCGAGAAAGAAUCCAGCACUGUAGAUGAGACUGAAGCGCUCAAGAUUUUUGCGGAUUAUAUCCUCGCCGAGUCUCAGAUCCGGCGCCAGCGAUAUGCAAAGGUCUGGGAGACUUUCCAGGUGGAUGAUGUGCGCCGGAAUCUCUUCGAACUGCCCGUCAUUCAGCCAUCAAAGACUAAGCCCCAGCCAAAGUUGGAUAUCCCAUCCAACCGAGCUGGUCGGCCUGAGUCUGCGUGGUGGAAUAACUACCAGCCUUGUCUGUCACCGAUCGCUAGUCUCAACAUGAGCAAUGAUGAGAUGAGCUCUCGGGGUCGUGCACCAAGCCGCUGGUGGGAGUCAAAGACUGGUUCUAGCAGCGAGGGCGCGGAGAGGAGAGUUCAAAGAUCCAAGCGGGAGUCCAAGUACAUGGGCUUGCCUCGAGAGGCGAUGCAGUGGGACCAGGAGUUGACGCCUUCACAACCCAAAGAUGUGAGCAUGAAUUACGGGAACACGGAAUAUGGCCCUGAUGAGUAUCCACCCGAGAAAGUCGGAUGGCAUGAAGGCUCUCCUGCAAACUCUACCAGUACUGGAUAUCAGUAUCCGGAAAGCCGUAGAUUGGACGUUUCGCGCUUGAUUACAUUGCCUCCGCCCUAUCCUCGCCAUCAUCCUGCUGUGAAUAACAGUCACCCAGACCUCGUUACUCAUCGGACUACAGUGCGGUCCAUCACCGAUCUGACUGAGAUAAAAACCACACGGCACCGAUACAAGGCCGACGUGGAACGGAUGCUUCAGGAACAUCAAAUACAAGUCGACGAAGGUCAUCGACACUUCAAGUCCAAUAUCCAAAGCCAGAUCCAAGAAGGAAGUCUCACAUUCGCUGAGGCAGCCGAGGCCGAGGCAGCAAUGAUCGUCGCGGAGAAUGAACGUGAAAGAGCGAUGGUGAAACGUCAGCUUGAUACGUACCAAGAGACUGUUUUGAAGCCCAUGCAUGUCAUACUUGCCGACAGAAUCAGCAGAGCAACAGCAGGCAUCGACAAAUUGAGCAGCGUGCUGUUCGACGACGCCCAACGUGAUACACCAGACUCAACACAAGAAGAAGGCGACGAAAAACCCGAACUCUUAGAGAAGCUGACACAGCUAAAGUGGCUCUUCGAAGCCCGCGAGUUGCUUCACCGCGAAUUGUUCGAUCUGGUCAGUGACCGCGAUGACAAGUACAAAGCUGUCGCACUCCUGCCAUAUAAACAGAACAAGAACGAAGACAAGCUGCGCGAGACACAAGCGUUCUUUGCCCAGGAUGCACUGGACAGACGGGUAGAGCAUGAGAACGAAUCGCUUUCCCGACUGGAAUCAUUCUUGAAUGUCAUUGAGCAGAACGUUGUGCGAGGUGUGGAGGUGCAACUAUCCGCAUUCUGGGAUAUUGCCCCAUCGCUCUUGGCGCUUGUGCAGCAGGUUCCUGAGGAACUGCGCGGUUUCCAAGUGCAGAUCCCGGCAGACGAAUACGACGAGAACCCGAGCUACCACUCUCACCCGCUCCAGUAUCUCUACACGCUGCUAUCGCAUGCCGAGAAGUCGAGUUACCAGUUCAUCGAGUCGCAGACGAAUCUGCUCUGUCUUUUGCAUGAGGUGCGGUCUGCUGUUAUGCGAGCGAACCGCAAUCUCCUUGAAGCGGAGCGCAUCAAAAGGGGAGAGACGGAAGAGGAUGUGCGUCGCGAGAUGGAGAUGACUCGUGCUGAUGAAGAGCUGGCUCUUACGACGGAUCUCAAGGACAAGGUUGCUACUGUUGAGGGUCAAUGGACCGAGGCGCUGGGGAGUCAGAUCGUGGGACUCCGAGAGCGUGUGAAGGAGCAGCUUGUGAGUGAAGAUGGAUGGGAGGAAUUGGAGCAAUUGGAGGAAUAG